UGCUGAAGAACAUCCGGUUUCCCCCUCGUUCUCUCACUCGGAGUCGCCAUUUUGACACACAUAAGCCAAGCAAGCACACUACCAGAAGUAACGAAGACAACGGAAAGGAUAACUAUGAGUGGAUGUCGAGUGUUUAUCGGUCGUUUGAGCCCUCAUGCUCGUGAGAGGGACGUGGAGAAAUUCUUCAAAGGUUAUGGAAGGAUCCGAGAAGUAAAUUUGAAGAACGGAUUCGGCUUUGUGGAGUUUGACGACCACAGAGACGCUGAUGAUGCAGUUUACGAGCUGAAUGGCAAGGAACUCUGUAGUGAAAGGGUGACUAUAGAGCAUGCCCGCUCCAGAAGAGGGAGGGGUGGUGGACCUGGGAUGGGCGGCGGCGGCGGAGGAGGAGGACGUUUCUCACCUCGUUUCAGCAGCUACCGCCAGGGGUCUGGUGAUCGCCGCGGRGGUGGUGGUGGRGGCGGCGGCGGCUCCAGUAGGUAUGGUCCUCCGGUGCGCACUGAACACAGAAUCAUCGUGGAGAACCUGUCGUCACGUAUCAGUUGGCAGGACCUGAAAGAUCUCAUGAGGAAAGUUGGAGAGGUCACCUUUGUGGAUGCCCACCGAACUAACAAGAAUGAAGGGGUGGUGGAGUUUGCAUCACACAGUGAUAUGAAGAACGCCCUUGAUAAGCUGGACGGAACAGACUUGAAUGGACGAAAGCUGAAACUGUCUGAGGAUCGCAAGAGCCGUAGCCGUAGCAGGAGCCGUGACCGCUCCAGGAGCCCCCGCUCCCGGUCCCCACGCUCCGCCAGCCGUACUCCGAGAAGAAGCCUGCCUCGAGGAGGAGGAGGGGGCAGGGCUGCACAUCGCUCCACUUCACGUUCCCGUUCCAAAUCCCGUACCCCUCCCGCACGCUCUCAUUCCCGUACACCUCCCCCCGUUCCCGCUCUCCUCCCCCCCCGUUCCCGCUCUCCUGCCCCACGUUCCCGCUCUCCUGCCCACGUUCCCGCUCCCUGCCCACGUUCCCGCUCCCCUGCCCCACGUUCCGCUUCCCCUGCCCACGCUCCCCCCCUGCCCCCCGUUCCCGUUCUCCUGCCCCGGCCCGGAAGCCGUCCCGGUCUCGGUCCCCCUCGUGGAGAGCCACACUGA